AUGGUCCUAGUCCACGUAGGCUAUCUCGUUCUUCCAGUAUUUGGCUCUGUGCGAAACAGAGGUGCCCCUUUUCAAAGGUCUCAGCAUCCUCACGCUACCUCCUGCCGCCACUUCCACUUGGGUCCCCCCCAGCCACAGCAGCUCACUACGGACUUCCCCAUCGCGCAUCCUGUGCAGUCCCAGCCGGGCCUCAGUCCCCACAUGGCCCCGGCCCACCAGCACAGCGGCACCCUCCACCAGCCCCUGACCCCGCUGCCCACCCUCCCGUUCCAGGACGUCACAGGUCCCUCCUUCCUACCUCAGGCCCUGCACCAGCAAUACCUCCUCCAGCAGCAGCUCCUUGAGGCCCAACAUCGCAGGCUGGUCUCACACCCCAGGCGGACUCAGGAACGUGUGUCCGUUCACCCUCACCGGCUGCAUCCAGGCUUUGACUUCAGCCAUCAACUACAGACGCCUCAGCCCAGGUAUUUGGCUGAGGGCACCGACUGGGAUCUCAGUGUGGAUGCUGGUUUAAGCCACGCUCAGUUCCAGGUUCGGCCCAUCCCUCAGCACUAUCAGCAUUACCUAGCGACGCCUCGAAUGCACCACUUUCCCAGAAACUCUUCCUCCACGCAGAUGGUCGUCCAUGAAAUCAGAAAUUACCCUUAUCCCCAGCUUCACUUCCUUGCUCUUCAGGGACUGAAUCCAAACAGACAUACAUCUGCCGUGAGGGAAAGCUACGAGGAGCUACUUCAGCUGGAGGACAGACUGGGCAGUGUGAGCCGAGGAGCUGUACAGAAUACCAUUGAGAGGUUCACCUUCCCCCACAAGUACAAGAAGCGAAGACCCCAAGAAGGCAAAGGCAAGAAGGAAGAUGGGGAGGAAUCAGACACGGAUGAAAAAUGCACGAUUUGUCUGUCUAUGCUUGAAGAUGGAGAAGAUGUGAGGCGUUUACCGUGUAUGCAUCUCUUCCACCAACUGUGCGUCGACCAGUGGCUCGCCAUGAGCAAGAAAUGCCCCAUCUGCCGAGUGGACAUUGAAACACAACUGGGUGCCGACAGCUGA